ACUCAAGCUGCCUAGUAAGCUACUAUUAUUCAGUACCUAGUAACUGGGUAUACAACAUCAACAUCAAAUCCAAAUCCAUCAGCGACGUCAACCCCAUAACUCUACGCUCGCGCCGAACUUUGCGAACCUCAAAACACGACUUGAUCUUUGAAAAUGGAUUCUCUAGUAUCGCAAUACAGUACACCUGCUUACGAGCAGGAAGCUCCUCAAGAAGACCAGAUGGAGUUAUACCAACCAGCUCCUGGCUUGUCUUUGAAAUUCGCCAUGCCUCCUGUCGCACAUCCAUCCGCUUGGCUCCGCGCAGCUACCGAUGACCAUGCGAACCCAAACUGUCCCAUUAAGAUCGCUCACGGUACCACAACUUUAGCAUUCAGAUUCCAAGGUGGAAUCAUUGUAGCAACAGAUUCAAGAGCAACGGCAGGGAACUGGAUCGCAAGUCAGACUGUUAAGAAGGUUAUUGAAAUUAACAACUGCUUAUUGGGCACAAUGGCUGGUGGUGCUGCUGAUUGUCAAUAUUGGCUCGCAUAUCUUGGUAUGCAAUGCAGACUUCACGAACUUCGUCACAAACGCCGAAUUUCCGUCGCAGCUGCUUCUAAGAUUCUUGCAAACCUCGUUUAUAGAUACAAGGGUAUGGGAUUAUCCAUGGGAACUAUGUGUGCCGGUGUUACCAAGGAAGAAGGGCCCGCACUUUACUAUAUCGAUUCCGACGGAACUAGAUUGAGUGGAAACCUCUUUUGCGUUGGAUCCGGUCAAACCUUCGCAUAUGGUGUUUUGGAUGCCGAAUACUCAUACGAUUUGAGCGAGGAAGCAGCCUUGGAGUUGGGGAGAAGAAGUAUUUUGGCCGCUACACACAGGGACGCCUAUUCUGGAGGUUUCAUCAAUUUAUACCAUGUUAAGGAAGACGGAUGGGUCAAGCACGGAUUCAAUGAUACCAACCCAAUAUUCUGGAAGACUAAGUUGGAGAAGGGUGAAUUUUCUAAUGUUACUAGCGAGCUGGUUUAAGAUGGCGGCAUGAUUUAAUGAGCGAAGGAAAGAUUUCUUUAAAAUGUGUCAUUAGCAUGGACGCAGGAGCAUGGCUGGCCUGAGGCCGUGUAUACUAUUGCUUCACUCACGAGUUUUAUCACCUAUGAAGAUAAUGUCAAGAAGCAAAGAAUCUACCCA